CCUCCGCCGCAGGUCUGGAUCCGGAGGAGCCCCCAGUAAGAACAGCAGCCGCCUAGGGGGCCGACCAUGUAUGCUUACAGCUGGCCGCCGCCCACACAGGGCGUGUGGCCGCCGCCGCCGCCGCCGCCGCUCACCUGCACCUACCUGGCCGCCCCUCUGCUGCUGCCCCCAGUCCAGGCCCACAGCUUCCGCAGCCGGCCCGGGAGCCUGCACGCGGGCGAGUGGGCGGCCCCACAGGAAUACCACUGCUUCUACGGCCCCGCCGCGCCACCCGAGGCCGCGCCGCCCUGGUGGGCCUGCCCUCCGGCCUACGCCGCGGCCCUGCGCCGGCCCUGCGCCGCCGCCGGCAUCCCGGGACUGUCGCUGCAGGCGCCCGCGGCAGCGGCCGAGAGCUGGGCGCCGUGGCCCGAGGGCGGGAGCCUGCAAACCGAGCUGCGCUGGGGCCGCGUGGAGCGCGCGCGGGGCCCGCCUCUGCAGCUGCCGGACUUCGUGCGUCGGGAGCUGCGGCGCGCGUACGGCACCUACCCACGCGCCGACGUGCGCGUCACCCAGCGCCGCGGCCAGUUCCUGCUGCAGGCGACGCCGCGCGUGCGCGAGCCCGACCACCGCGUGGAGUGGCGCGUGCGGCGCCGGCCAGAGAGCGGCGACAGCGACGACAGCAGCCCAGCCCGGGAAGCCGCGGAGCGCGGCCGCCCCAGGAAGAGCAAGGGCCUGAGCUGAAGCCGCCGCAAGGCCUAGGGGCCGGCCCGCGUGCACUCGCUUGGCUCUUUCGUGCGUCUGCCGCCGCCGCCAGGCAGAAGUGAGCCCUCACCUGCGCGCGGGAGGGCGAGCGCGCCGCUCACCUGUCUUUUUGGCUUUUCCCAUGACUGCCCGCCCGCUUCCUGCACUUGUUUCUCUCGCCUUAUUGCUGGACGGUGGGGGAAGGGCAAGUGCAAGACGGAAUCAAGGGCACCUCUGUGUAUUCUGUACCUCUUUCCUUCUUGCACCUUGGGCAGUGGAGGACGUGGGAUGGAAGAAGGGCCUGGACCUCCUUCCUUCCUCCUCCCCACCUUCUCCUAAGGAGCUUGCCCUGCAGUAAGCCCCAACUUUCCCUUCCACUUUUCCCUCUAUCAGAGUCGUCGCCCACCCCCCUUUCCCACCGCUCCCCUACCCCCGCCUUCCUGCCAAUUCGAGGGGCGACGGUGAUCCCCAGCUUAGUAAGAAAAGUAAAUAGGCCGGGCGCGGUAGCUCACGCCUGGAAUCCCAGCACUGCGGGAGGCCGAGGCGGGCGGAUCGCUUGAGCCCAGGAGUUGGAGACUAGCCUAGGCAACAUGGCGAAAUCCUGUCUCUACCAAAAAAAUACAAAAAUUAGCCGAGUGUGCCGGCACGCGCCUGUAGUCCUACCUACUUGGGAGGCGGAGAUGGGAGGAUCCCCUGAGCCCGAGAGGUCGGAGCUGCAAGGAGCCGAGAACGCGCCACUGCACUCCAGCCUGGGUGA